AUGUUAUCUGGAAACGGGAAAAGAUCAUCGGUGAUUUCUCUUGUUGAUGGAAGACCGAAAAUGGCUCCCUGGCGGCAUAGUAUUGGUACUUUUGAGGCGAUGGAUCGAGUGACGUCGAAAUUCGGAGAAUACGUCAUUGCUCAAAGUCCAAAACAUGGACAAGCUGCCGAAUUCGUGAAAAUGAUACAACAAUGUGAUAUUGCUCUCGUUGUUCAACUCUCUCCGCAAAAAGACACCUCAUUCGGAUGGUUUGAGGGAAGAGUCGGAUCAAAGAAAAAGCUACGUGGUCGUUACCUUAUCGAAACAGUGAGUAUAACAGAACAUGCAACAAGUUCUCAUUAUGAACUCCAAAUCUCGACGAUUCUCCCCGAAGAAAAAUCAUAUGAAAGAACUGUUUAUGCUGUUUAUUAUCAUCGAUGGCAGGAAUUCUCUACGGAAAACUCUCGAUGUGUUGGCCAGAUUUUGAGGGACAUUUUCACAAUUUUGCAACGAAGCAAAGCCAACGGUCAUGCACCAAUCCUCGUCCAUGGCGGUGGAGCCAGAAAUUCGGCUUCUUUUGUUCUUUUGUCAAUGGUUUGUCGACAGCUUCGACAAAACGGCGCGAGUACCCUUUGUGCGUGUAUCGAUUUGGUUCGAAAGUACAAAAGUGUGAUCACGAAAGAUUUUGAUCAAUUCUGCUCAGUCCUUCACGGUAUUCUCCAAUUCGCCGUCGAUGACGACAUCGUUCAGAAAAAUAACAAGAGCUAUCAACAAGCUUUUAAGUUAGUUCAUGAAUGCACGAGCCUUCACCCGCUUCCCAUCGUACCAAUCACGAAAAGCGAAAACACCGUUGUGUUUCUG